AAUCAAGUGGGGUCGGAUAGGUUACAUACGGAAACUGUUAGGUUGUUGCUUCAGCAAACCCAGGUGCCAACAUUUCUCUGGAGUACUUUUCCAAUAUAUCUAGGUUUUGCCCAAAAAGCAUGGAAGUGGAGAGAAUCUAGAAAAUGUGAAAAAAAAAAAAAAAAAAAAUCAAAGAAUAACAAAAAAAAUACCCAUUUCUUUCCCAUUCAGAAAAGAAAUGUAAAUAAUUAAAUGGGGAAGAAAUGAUUGCACCACAGCCAUUAGCAGUUAGGUGAAGCAAAGCGCAUAGAAUAAUGGCGGACCGCAAGUUGACAAAUCGAGACGUCAUUUUUGUUGCUGUUAUUUUUGGAGAGGUGUCAUAUGGUGCUGUGGCUUUUGUGUAGAGAGGAUCUCCUAUAUGGGCUGUGGGAUCUCUAUAUACUCUUAUCAGAUUAUGGCCCAUCAGAUCUGAAUUCCUGAAUAUUCUUUUCUCUGGGGAUGAUCUAAGCUUCUUCAAUGUCUGUACAGAGAUACCCAGACUGUCUUAUUGGUUCCAUGUGUUGGUUUCCUUUGUCUGUUGGUUCACGGUCUUCCUAGGUUAUUCUGGUUUGUGGCUACUUUUUGUUCUGUACUGUGGCUGUGAAGGAUCAUGGAGCUGGUUCGUUGUUUGUUGUUGUACAAAAUUUCGUGAAUUGUGGGUGAUCUUUGAAAAGGGUAGAAGAGGAUUUAGAAAUGGGAGCAGAAGUGCAGUGUAAGAUGUAUCUGCAAGGAUAUUAUUCCUUGAAGGAUUUAGAUAACAAUGCUGGCAAAGGAACCUGGCCUCUACAUCAGGAACAGAAAAUAUUGAGAAGUGGGCAGCCGCAGUACCAGGACAUGUUCUUGACAAGACCAGACAUACAUAGAUAUGAGGAGUAUGAGAAGGAACUACUGAGACAAACUAUAUUGAAGCAUGAAACCAUAUUCAGGCAUCAGCUCCAUGAACUCCAUCGGCUUUACAAAAUACAAAUGGACUUGAUGAAUCAUAUCAGAAGCAAGGAACCACACAAACAUCUGAUGUUAGCUGGGACAUUACAAUCGUCAAAUGUAUUUCUGUCUGAAGAUGACACAAAGAGGUGGCAUAUUGUUAGGGACCUCGGUCUAGUCCCUAAAUACUAUGGUUCUCUAGAUCCGCUUCACCCAACUAUGACCGAUGAGCCUAUCUUUCUUGCUUGCCUUCUUACUUGAGUCUAGACUUGAGUGAUGAGAUUUGGUGAAUAUGGAUGAUGAGUGUUUGUGGUUUGUGAAUUGGAUCUUGGUGGGAUGGUAUGGUGUAUGGGAUGAUGAUGGUAUGGUAUGGUAUGAUGAUGGUAUGGUAUGGUAUGAUGAUGGCCGAAUGGUGUGAUUAGGCUAUGGUAGGCGCCUCUUGGGUGGUAUUAUGGUAAUUAUGGAAGUGAGGCUAGGGUUUAAGGUUUCCUAAAAUAUAGGAAAUCCUUAUGGAGGCUAGGGUUUAUGGUAGGGAAUAUGGAGGCACUAGAUCUAGUGUAGGUCUAGGGCUUUAUGAUGAAAGGGGUUUAGAUCUAUGAUUAUGGAAGGUAUAUGGAUGAUAAUAUGGUGAUGGAAUGAUAUGGAAGUGAAGGAAAUAUGAAGGGAAUAAUCUAGCAAGGCUAGGUCUACUUGGCAAAGUAGAUCUAGUGUGUUGGGAUGAUGUGGGGCGUGUGAUAUAAUGUUAAGUGCAAAAAGAGUAAUGCAAAUAACAAGUAAAUAACAAGAUUGAAACUCAAUAAUGGAAAAGAGAAACAAACUUGCUCAUAGAUUGAUAGAUGAAGCAACACCCGUCCACAAACGUCAAGGUGUUGAAUCUCUAUUUGGGAUUCACACAGGUUGCACCCAAAUAGCCCAAGUGUCAAGCACCGAAGGAGAUCUCAAGAACAAAUAAGCCAACCACAAAGGGAAUUUGUCAAAAGAUAAUGAAAGAUGGGACUGGGGUGGCCUUUAUAUAGGCUUACAAUGGGAGAGUCCUAAUGGUGCUUGAACAAGGAAAUAAAUCCUAGAAAUGAAUUAAUUCCUAGUAACACUAGCCUAAGGAAUUAAUUCCUAGUUGCACUAAAACAAGGAAACAAUGAAAUAUAUAAAUACUAGAUGAUUUUAUUAAAAUAAUAAAAUGCUGAUAAAAUUUUGGACGUGGGGCCCAUGUGGGACCCACGGCCUGACUGGUGCUAGCCGGUGCUGAAAAUGGCCAAUGGCAUGGGCCAUGGCGCUGGCUGGCUGGUUGGUCUGGUCCGUGGGCUUGCCAUGGCAUGGGCCAUGGCAUGCUGCUGGCUCACCAUGGGGGCCGACUAGGCAUGUCAGUGAGUGUGUUGAGGCUUGUCCCGGGGCAACUUUUCUAGAGGGUCUAACACAUAUGUCCACCUUGUCCUUGAUGGAUUCUUGUUAUGGUAGACCAUCCACACUGGGUGUGCAUACCUUCCGAUCUCAUUUUAAUUCUGUGAAAGGGACAAUCAUGCAAUCCAAUUUUGGUCCUACCCAAGGCAUAGUAAAGCAUAAGGACCACAAACCUCUGGUACCAAAAUCCAUUGAGCUUCAGAGAAGGUUUUUUGACCUAGAAGUUCCAGCUGAUGAAUUCAUCAGCAAUGAUGUGGAACCGCAAAGAGUUUCUGAACUUUCAGGAGUGCAUGAUCAUCCUUCUAACAGGGUUAAUGGGAUUGCCUGUAAGAGGGAUGGAAAUUUAUCUAUUUGUGCUGGGGUGAGUACUAGCUAUAAUACUGAUGCUUCUAGAUCCAAUAUGCAUUUGAGGGAAACUCCUUGAGUGGAUCUGAAUGAAAUAACUCGGGAGGAGGAUGAAAUAACUUGGGAGGAGGAAGCAUCUGCUUUAGCUAUUACAGGCCAUAAAACCAACUCCAAAGAGGAGAUGAAUUCAUCUGCAAGUGCAUAUUUGAGCCUCCAAUUGUUGGCAAAGGAAUUUUCUCAAAAUCUGCGUAAUGGAGGGGAUGGAGCAGAGCAAUUUGCAUUGUGAGAAUGAAUGUCAACAACAAGAUCAGUUAUCUUCUCCAUUUGAAGCUGGGAAAACCAGAAGCAACACAAGUUCUUUAUGUGGAAUUCUUCGUCCUGACGAUUUUCCUAAGCCUUGCGAAUCAUCACAAACUCCAAAAGUUCAUGAUCCAGCAACAUGUUUUCCUUUUGGUCGGAGUAAGAUAGAGCAACAUAGAAAGAGGACAAUUUUUGGUGUGGAAAACUCUGACAUAAAUAGAGAUUCCUCCUUUGUGGCCUCCCACGCACUUGGUCUGCAGAAUGCUCUAGUUCCUAAAUUUGAUGUGGCCAAUUCCGAGUCAUUUACUAUUUUGCCUGGGACAAAGCCUUCAGGCAGCUCGAGGCAGCACUUGAUAUCAACUGAAGGAAACCUUUGCAGUAAUACCUGUCCUCAAUCAAAUAAGAGUUCAAUAACGUUGAUGCAAAGCUCUGAGAUGAUUGGGGAGUUGCUUAAAGAUAAUUCUUCAAGAUCUCUUCCAGAUGCAAGGGCUAAAGUAUCCUACCAAAAUGAUGUGUGCCUUGGUUCACAGUCAGAGUCCAAGGAAUUAAAGGGUUGCCACCCAUCUGUUUGGCUUGGGUUCCCUAAUGAAAUCCAUGAUCGUCAUUUUACUUUUGGAAAAUUUCAGCAACAUAAUCCUCAAAACUACCUUGGGGUUUCAGGCUCUAUCACGGAUGUGAGCUCUCCAAAAGAAGUUGAUAUGGAUGCAGUAUCUCUAAAUAAUCCAUUUAAAGUGAUUUGUCAACAAAAUCUCAUUUCAGUUGACUGGUCAAGGAAUCGGGAGAAUUCACAGGGAGCAUGUUCUUGGCUAAGACCAAUGCCAAUUUGUAAUGGAAAAUAUUCAAGAGAAAGGGAAGGCUUGAGUUCCUGGCAAAACCAUUGUCUGCAGGUUGUCCAUAGACAAGAAAUGAUAAAAGAUCCGCCCCAAAGUUUUGUUCAGGACUCCUCAUCAGCAACACAUGCUGAUGAUAGUGAGCAUGGGAAAAUUGAAAUAGGUGACUGCUCAAUCGAUCAGAAGAUUCUUGGGUUUCCCAUUACGGACAAGCCUCAUGUAUUGAAUGAUCUUCCUUCUCAUAGCUCCCCCUCAAAACCUAGUUGUCUUGCUUCUGCCAUUGAUAAUGGCAACCUUGUAAAAUUUGGGUUAUCUAUGACUGAUUUGGCUGAUGAUCCUUUGUUACCUAGAUCUGGAGUGAUACAAAAAUUUGAGGAUUGUGUUGUAGCAAAGAGAUGACCGCCCUGCUUCAAGAUAUCAGAUUGACUUGAAUAUUUGUGUAACUGAAGAAGAAGUUCUAUUUACACCCUCUUCUCCAAUUGCAACUAAGAUAGACUUGGAGGUACCAGUAGUCAACGAGACAGAAAUUAUUAUUACUCCUGUGGAAGGAUCUCCAGAAAGCAAAAGUAGAGAACCUUUUGAUGUGUUAAAAGAUGAAUCCAGGGUGCUUCAUGAGGGACCUAUCAUGGUGGCAGCAGACGCUUUAGUUUCCAUCUCAUCAUCUCAUAUGCAUAAUCUUCCCGGCAAUGCUGCUGAUAAUCUUCAAGAACAUGCCACUUGUCACCAGUCAGAAGCUUCACUCACUGAUUCCCUUCACUGGCUUGCAGAUAUAAUCUCUUCAUAUAAGGGUGAUAAUGAGAAAGAGACCGUAGAAGUUUCAAUGGGUAAGGGCAAUUCCUUUCAAGAAGAGCUUAUUCAUGAUGGGGUUGAUUACUUUGAGUUCAUGACGUUAAAUUUGGUUGAAGGCAGGGUAGAGGACUAUUGUUGUAAGCCUCAGACUUUGGAAAACCCAAAAGAUGAAAACACCUUGCCAAGAAAGCAUAGGAGAGGUCAAACAAGGAGAGGGAGGCAACGCAAAGACUUCCAAAGAGAUAUACUUCCUAGUCUUACAUCUCUUUCACGGAAUGAGGUGACUGAGGACCUUCAAACAAUUGAAGGGCUGAUUAAGGCAACUGGCGGCACUUGGCAGUCACGUUUGGUCCACAGAAAUUCUGGUAUGAGUUGUAGUGGAAGGGGAAGGAGGCGUUCAGGUGUUUCUCAUCCCUCUUCUAUUGAAACUCCAGUUUGCUUGCGCUCGGCUCAGCAACUUAAAUGUAUAGAGGUGGGAUUUGAGGAAAAAAGCCUAACAGGAUGGGGAAAGAAGACAAGGCCCCCCCCACGACAGAGAUGUCUGAUUAACAGUCCUCUUCCUCUAAAAUAGGUAGAGAGAAUGAGGGUGCCACCGGAGGUCCAUUUCUAAGCAAUGGGAAUUUUAUUUUAGAUCGUGCAUGUCUUCUUAAUUCAAGUUCUGCUUCUGUAAUGAUAAACUGAAUCUGAUAAGUUGAGCUUGUAACAUAAGUGAAAGAAGUGUGAAAGGUUAUCAUUGUCUGCAUAA